AUGGCGCAAUUUCUAAAGUGUCCCGACAAUGUUCUCGCCUCCAACAUCGUUCCUUCUCAUGUCUACCAUUACAUUCUUCCUGAGCUCCGCCCUUUUCUACACAACUUGAGGCCCAAUGAAUCGACGAAACUUGUAGACGAUGAUGGUGAAGAGGUGAUUCAAAAGAUAUUGGAUAAAUCGAAUAAUCAAUUGAGAAUGUAUGGAUCGGCCAAGGAGAUUGCAGGGAAUAUCAAAAUAUUCAGAAAUUUCCCUGAAAGUUUUCUUUUUUUCGAUGAGGAUUCGUAUCCUUUCAAUGCAUCGCCCGUCAUCUAUGACAGCUUGAAUGGAGAGAAAUACCUCUGCAAACCGGAUAUAUUUACAAUUAUUCAGAAUAUCGCUCUACAUAGUAUUAAAUAUCCUAAGACCACUUCGUUUCAUUUGUUGCUUGCAAUGGUUCUAAAAUCCAAAAUUACGCAGACUUAUGGACCCGUGGAAUUUGUGAAAUUCGAUGAGAAAAUGUUCGAUGAAAUCGAGAAAGAGAUGAAAGAAUCCGCGCAACGUCUCUAUCUAGAAAUGUUCGUGUUGAAUAAGAAUCACGCAGCGAUCGUUUCAAAACUCCGGGAAUUGAAUCCAACGAUUUGGGAUGAUGCCCCAACAAUUUCAUUACUACAAUCGUGGUUUGAUAAACCAAUCGAACAACAAAAACAGUUCAUUUUUGUCAUGCUCAUCAAAAGUUAUACCAUGAAGUGUAUUGAACAAAUUAUGGCGAAACGAGCAACGCUCUUCAUGUCUACACCGAAAUCUAGCCCAAUUACAGUAAGAUUAUUUGAGGAUGGAGAGGAGAGAUAUGUGAUGGAGGCGGAAUUGUAUCAUGCUUUGAAUAGGGUGUCUACGGGAUCUGACAGAUUCGAAAUUCAUAAUGAUGGAUUGAAUUUCGGAGGAAUGGAUAUGAAUGAUGUGAAGAAGAAAUACGGAAAUCGAAUUCAGACAAUUGAGUUCAUCCGCACUCCGAUUCUUCGCACCAAACACCGUGCAGUUCCUAUUAGAGCACACUUUUCGGAACAAUUCGUUAUUCCAGCUGUCGAUUAUUUUUUCGAAUUAUGGAAAAAUGUGAUUUUGGGAGUCAAACUAUUCCAAAAACAUCAAUGUUCGGAUUGGGGAAAAUUCGUCCCAUUUUUUCACGAGUUUGAUAAUUUUUUUGAUAUUGAAAAAAAGCAGCAGUACUUUCUGAGAGCUGAUAUUCGUGUCGAGAGAGUAGCGAGUAAAUCAUUGGAACAGUACGGAGCUUCAACGGUCAAAGACGUUCGAAAUGCGAAGAAAGACGGAUUCACUGUAGAGAAUCUGAAAAACGAACUGAAAUAUCUGGGACUCACUAACACAUUCCCUGAAAUUCAAGACCAUGCCGAAGCAGUCUAUGAGGAUGUGGAUAGAGUGAAGAAAGAGAGAUAUCUGAGAACAUGCGAUUUGUUUGAUGCAGUGGAGAACUGUCAAUUGAUUUGUGUGCUCAAUAGAGUUCCGAAUUAUCAGAAGUUUCUUCACAAUCAGAAAGGAUGCAAAAGAGUUUUCGGAUACAAAUGUGCACAUUGUGAGAGGGAAGAAGAGGUCAAAAACACGUUAGAUAUCCAGGAUUCUAUGAAAAAUCUCAAAAUCGAGAGCUCAAAUGAGUCGGGUUCAAAUCAAUACUCACAACCGGCGCUGUCUGCUCAAAAAGACUGUGAAAAGUGCAUGGAAUCUUCAAAAACUCUCGAGGAGACUGAAAAUGAGCUGAAAAUGAGCCAAGAUCAGUUGAAGGAGAUGGAGAAGAAGAUAACGAAUACAGAGAAAGAGCUGAGUGAUUCGAAGAAAGAACACGAGAAAAUCGUGGAAUCUGAAGCCAAGAAGACGGAGGAAUUGGCAGAAAAGAAGGAGGAAUUGAGUAAAGAGAAGGAGAAGAAUCAGGAAAAAGAAGAGGAGAUUCUGAAAGCGUCAAGGGAAAAUGAGGAGCUCCAGAAGACAAUUCUCAAGUUGACAGCUGAAAAUGAGGCAAAUGAGAGAAUGAUUGAGAAGCUACUCGAUAGAAUCAGCAAUUUAUCGUCCAAUAACCAGAAAACUAAUGAAAUCGAUGAGAAAACUAUCGAAGAAUUGACUCCAACUGCUUCUGUCACCUCUAAAAAUGCUCCUCUCAUUAUCGAUUGUCUCAUUUGUUCCAGUCAAAUCAAGGCGGGACAAGAAGUCAUCAGAUGUCCAUUGUGCAAACGAAGGUUCCAUUCGAAUUGUGCAUUCAAAUGGCGCAAAGACCACACUCAAUGCCCGGCAUGCAACGGAGAUCUUCCUGGAAUUUAA